AUGAAAACGCGUCGACUACUCAGAGAAGAAAUCACUUAUUCCCUCGCCAAGGAACGCGAGGUAAAUAUCCUGCAUCAGCUGGGGUAUUUCGACCAACAGUGUCGGUUCUUCUCCCGUCUUGAUGACAGACGCGAAUGGAUUAAAUCUGUUAUAGCCCAUCAUUUGGGCUUCAGAUCGACGAAUAUAUGCCAUGUGGCGAAAACAGAGGACUGGUUCCGUGGCAGCUUCAACGUUUGCAUUCCUGUUACUAUUGAUAACUGGACGGACCGACGGCAGCCGGGACAUCGUGUCAUGCUCCGAUUUCCUCUUCCAUAUCGCGUCGGAGAGGACUUUCGACCUGGGAACGGGGAUGAAAAGAUCCAAUGCGAAGCUGGUGCCUAUGCAUGGCUCGAACAAAACUGUCCAGAUGUCCCAAUUCCACGGCUAUACGGUUUUGCUUUGUCAACAGGUGAAACUUUCACCCGAAUUGAACACCUGCCCUUUUUGAGCCGCUAUUUCCACACCUUACGCCGUUGGUUUCUACAAUUGCUUCGUUUACCCGUGCCGUUGCACUACGUUCGCCAUCCAAAUAAAGCCAAGGCUCUGGAUGGUGUGAGCGAGGCUGGAUACUUGUUGAUAGAGGGCAUUGAGGAAACACAAGGGACGAUGCUUUCGAACACGUGGUCUGAAAAACAAAACGAUGUCGAGUUGCGGACGAAUUUCUUCAAAAGUCUUUCUCAAAUCCUACUGAGUAUCAGCAGAACGCCGUUACCUCGUAUUGGAUCCUUCAUUAUCAACAGGGAAGGAUAUUUAACAUUGAGCAACCGCCCGCUUUCAAUGGAGCUGCAAGAGUUGGAAAAUGAGAAGAUCCCGACCGAAUUGUCCCGCGACUGUACCUAUUCCACUGUGGGGUCUUAUGUGACGGAUAUCCUAGGAGUACAUGACAGCCGCUUGCGGAAUCAGCCUAAUUCUGUGAAUAACGUACAAGAUUGUGGCUAUCAGAUGUCGGCACUGGCAGCAAUGCGGACAGUAGCGCCGUUGUUUUUCCGCAGAGAUUUGGGUCGUGGACCUUUCGUGUUUACAUUGACUGAUCUCCAUCAGAGCAACAUUUUCGUUGAUGACAAGUGGAAUAUCACUUGCCUGGUCGAUCUCGAAUGGGCGUGCUCUCGCCCCAUUCAAAUGGUUGAACCUCCUUAUUGGUUGACGAAUAAAGGUGUGGAUGAGAUUGAUGCUAGCGAAUAUGAUAAAAUUCGGAAGGAGUUAUUGACCGUCAUGAGUGCUGAAGAGACACAGAAGUCUAGCAAUAUACUCUCAAAUGGUGGAGAAGAAGUGCCGAUACGACUAUCGGAAGUUAUGGAACAAGCAUGGACGACAGGGACGUUUUGGUAUUCCCUGGCACUCUCUAGUCCUACGGGUCUUUUUAGCUUGUUCUACGAGCACAUUCAACCCUUGCUGUCUAAGCACUGCCCAGAGGACAUUGGUGAAAUCAUGCCAUUUUACUGGGCCAAAGACGCGGGGAAAUUUGUGGCGACCAAGCUCGCCGAUAAGAAGAAAUACGAUAUUGAGCUUCAAAAUGCUUUCGCAGAAAGUUGCUCUGACAGUCAUCUUUCUGAUCAUACUGGAAAAGAUGAGGAAUAA